AUGUCCUGGGCUCCUGUCCUGCUGGCGCUCCUCGCUCUCUGCACAGGUGGUGGCCCUCAGCCAGUGCUGAAGCAGUCACCUUCUGUGACCUCAUCCCUUGGAACCACAAUCCGUCUGGCCUGCACCUUCAGCAGCGACUAUGAUGUCAACUUAUACAGCAUCUACUGGUACCAGCAGAGGCCCGGCCACCCUCCAAGAUUCUUGCUGAGAUAUUUCUCUGAUUCAGAGAAGAAACGGGGCCCCAAAGUUCCCCCACGCUUCUCUGGGUCCAAGGAUGGGACUGAGAACACGGGGUAUUUGAGCAUCUCUGGGCUGCAGCCUGAGGAUGAGGCUAUAUAUUUCUGUGCUGUGGGGACCCAGAACAUAGAGAGGGAAAAGGAGGUGGACAGCGAGGAAGAAAAGGAGCCUCCUGCUUCAGUGUCCCAGGCACCCCAGGACACCGUGCACUGA